CUAAGAUAGACCCGUCUUGAGACGGUUAUGUUCUCAAGAUAAACAUGCUCGCAAGACGGGUCUUUAGGACGAUUAUGCUCUUAGGGAAGUUGUCUAUGCUAUUUGCUUUCAAAUGUUCCUACAAGCGUGCAGUGAAGGGAUUGGACUGGAGUGGACUAGAGCGGGCCUUAAAUCCACUCCAGUACGAUGCAAGCUUCAAGAACGGGCUCCUCUUCCCUUUUCGUACUGGUAGACUCUCAGUAAUGGUACGAAUCAUGCAUUUCUCGUAAUGGUCUAACAUUCGUACUGGUCCCUUAUAUAUGCACUUUCGUAAUGGUACAAACUUUGGAAUGG